UCUAUCAUGGCGGCAGUAACGGAGCGGGGCGGAGGUCCCGGGUCUUCUUCUUCUCCCGGUUCUCCUCCCGGUGCUUCCCGGUUACCGGCUCCGGACUACUCGGUGCUGGUGGCGGUGGGCUCGCUGCGGCCGCACGCGCUGCUGGACCGGCUGCUGCGGCAGGUAGACUCAGGUGUGCGGUGCUGGUCGGUGGAUCUGGACGUUUCUGUUCUGGAUCAGCAGCUGAAACUCUUCGUAUCGAGACACUCGGCCUUCCUGUCAGAGGACGUCCCAGGUCAGAGGACGCUGCAGCACAGCGGAGACGUCCUGGACACGCAGGUGGUUGUAAAUCCUGCUCACGACUUCCUCUGCUCCGAGAUCCGCCGGCUGCUCUGCGAGUCGUCUCGACACAAGCUGCUGGUUCUUGCCGGUCAGUGUGUCGAGCAGAGCGGAGACAUCGUGCUACAGAAAGGCUGCUUCUCCUUCAACGACUUCAUCCAGAUAUUUACUGAUGAGGAGGUUGGGGAGUUGUUGAGCUCAGCAGACCCGGCGGUGAAGGCCAGUCUGACCCUCAGCUGUCCGGACUACGGUCCCUGGAAGGACUCUGUGUUGGAGAAGCACAACCUGCAGGACUUCAUAAGCAUCCAGAUCAACCCUCCGCUGGUCCUCCCAGAGAUGGAGGGUCUGCAGGAGUUCACGGAGUACCUGUCUGAGUCUCUGGAGCCCGAGUCUCUCUUCCAGCUCCUGGAGCCUCCGAGCACCGUCGGCUUCCUGAAGCUGUCCCGUCCCUGCUGCUACAUCUUCCCCGGCGGGAGGGGCGACUCGGCCUUCUUUGCCGUUAACGGUUUUAACGUCCUGGUGAACGGCGGCUCCGACCUUCGAUCCUGCUUCUGGAAACUGGUCCGGCAUCUGGACAGAAUCGACUCGGUGCUGCUGACCCACAUCGGCGUAGACAAUCUGCCCGGACUGAACAGCCUGCUGCUGCGUAAGGUAGCGGAGCAGGACGAGGACACUGCCGGAUCUCACUCUGAAGAGGACUGGAUGAAAAACCUCAUCUCCCCUGAGAUCGGGGUGGUUUUCCUAAACGUCCCAGACAGAGUGAAGUCCAUCCAGGGAGAUCCCAGCCAGCUGCGAAGUGUGGACCAGGUAGCGCUCACUCUGCAGCACCUGCAAAGACUCUCUAUUAAACCAGAACCACUCAGCCGGCCUAAUGGACCCAGUAUUGAACCGGCGAUCUUGUUUCAGAAGAUGGGAGUUGGCCGUCUGGAGCUGUACACUCUGAAUCCGGUCAGCGGCAGCAAGGAACUAGAAGCUUUGAUGCAGGUUUGGCCAAACAGCGGAUCAAACCUCAAGGGCUCAGAUCUUCCUCUAACUUGCCUUGUUUCCAUUUGUGCUUUGCUGGUCUGGCAUCCGUCCAACCCCGAGGAGAAGAUCAUCCGCGUUCUCUUCCCUGGUUGCACACCCCAGCACAAGAUUCUGGAUGGACUUGAAAAACUCAAACAUCUAGAUUUCCUCAAAGUUCCCGUGGUGUGUUUGAGGGACCUGGAAACUCCCAAAACUGAAAAACAACCAAAACGAGCAGAGAGUCGAGAAAGCCUUAAGUCUCAGUCUAAGGACUUCAGACCCGCUAGUGCCUUACAGAAAGACAAACUAGGACGAGCUGACGUCAAAAAACAGGAAGUGAAAAUGAAGCCAAAGGCAGCAGGAGACGCUGCUCCGAAAGAGAAGAAGGACGGGGACGAGAAGCCGAAACCGAAGGACGCAGAUACGAAGUCAAAGCCUCCAAAAGCUGCUGAGAAGUUGGUUCCAAAGAAAGAUCCGUCAAAAGAAGAGAAAAAGGAAGUGAAAAGAAAGGACGAGAAAGUUCCUGCUGCUGCUGUGAAGAAGGAAGAGAGUGGGGAGAAGAAGAAAGAGGUUAUUAAGAAGGAAAUGUUAAGUUCAAAGCCAAAGAAAGACAUUAAACCUGAACCAAAAAGCAAGAGGGACGUUAAACCGGAGGACAAGAAAACAGCAAAACCAGUCAGUAAGGAAGUGAAGAAAGCGUCGAGCAUCGGAUCAACAGCGAGCAGCGAGCACCGAAAGACUGGAACUCUGAAGAAAGACGGGACUCUCCCAAAGAAAGACUCUUUGAACAAAGGGACAAAGACCAAGCCGAGCCUAAAGGAGGCCGAACGCUCCAAGAUGUCGACGCCUGAAGACAUGACGGCUGAGUUUGAAAGUCUUCGAUUGGAAGACACCAACGGGAACAACGGUAAGAACUCAAAGACCUCAGCGGUGACUAGUCCUGCCGGAGCGAAGGCCAACGGGAACCAGAAGGCCUCGACGGUAGAGAGUCCAGAGCAGUUCCGCUCCAUGGAGACCAACGCCUCCUCGCCCGUCGCUAAGACACCCAAAGCCGACCUCAGCGUUAACUUCGAUCUCGGCACGACGGCGACCUUCCAGCCGCUCGACGGACCAGAUGACGUCUGCUUGAGCUCAGAGGAAAAGACUCUGGAGCUGAUGUCUCCUGCGGAUUCAGCCCCGAACAGCGCGGGGCACACGCCGUUCCACCACGACGACGGCAGCCUGGAGGCCCGGCGCUCCAGUCUGGGCUUCGAAGACUACAACCAGGGAGGGUCGUGCAGGACCUCAGACCUGAGCUCGCUGAAGGAAGGCCUCGAGAACUCCACGUCCUCUCAGGAUAAACAGUCCAGCCUUUUGACCCUCAGUCCUUUCAAAGACAUAAUGCCCGACUCGUCUCCCACCGUCACCUCCAUGCCCGCCGAGGUCGGCUCGCCUCACUCCACCGAAGUCGAUGAAUCUCUGUCGGUUUCUUUGGAGCAAGGUCUUCCACCGACUGCAGCGUCGCCCAAAGCGCUCGGAGACAGACUCUACUCCAACGGACACUUUAGCGACUCGGACUCCAACACGGGAAUGUCUUUACCUCUGCGGUCGUCCCUGAACGGCCGCUGUGGGAAUGGAUCCGAGGAACACAUUCACGGGAUGUCGGACGUUCCUCACGACGUUGAUCUGUGCUUGGUGUCUCCCUGCGAGUUCCAGCACCCGAAGACUCCAGAGAACCAGCAGCAGAACCCUGGCCUCAACAACAACCACUCCCAGGAUCAGAGCAGCAGCGGUUGCCCGUCGGCCUACAGCCAGGAGACUCCGCCCACAUCCGUCAGCGACUCGUUCCCGACGGCGACCGACUCGGACGUCCCCCCCGGCACCGAGGACUGCCCCUCCAUCACCGCCGACAUCGACUCUGACGACGACUCCAGCGGCUUCCUCCCUCCCAACCCUCCACUAGAUCAUCUCAGUCCUCCGUUCCCUCACAGAGCGGCGUCUCACGACCCGCCGCCCGCCCCGGUCAAAGACCUGCCGCCGCUGCCCCCCCCGCACGGAGCCUGCAUGGCCGACCCAGAAGCCGACGCAGCAAACAAGUCCACCAAGAGUUCGGCCGCCAAGACCAAGAAAGCAGCAGGUCCGGCGCUGAAGGCGACAGGAAGCAGCGCUGCACACAACGGGAAGUCCAAAGCAGGAAGCUCCACUCUGAAGACGAGCUCCAGCCACGAUGUGAAGCCUUCGGCCCGAAACUCACUCGGUGGCUCCAGAACUGGACCAGCGAGACCUGGAUCCUCAGCCUCUAAAUCUGCGGGUUCUGCGGGUUCUGAGGGUUCUGCGGUCUACGUGGAUCUGGCCUACCUGCCGUCCGGCUCCGCCUCGGCCUCCCUGAACCUGGACUUCUUCAAGCGGCUUCGCUCCUCGUAUUACAUCGUCAGCGGAGAAGAUCCAGUGAAGGAGGAAGCCAUGAGGAGAAUCCUGGACGCUCUGCUGGACGGCAAGAACAGCUGGCCAGAUGUUCAGGUGACUCUCAUCCCGACGUUUGAUUCGCUGGCGAUGCACGACUGGUACCAGGAGACUCACGAUAGGCAGAGAGAGCUGUCAAUCACCGUGCUGGGCAGCAACAGCACGGUGGCCAUGCAGGAGGAGACCUUCCCCGCCUGCAAGGUCGAGUUCUGAGAGACCCCC